AUGGGUAACGAGGACGACGACUGGCACUGUCGUAACUUCGCCUGUGUGGACCCGAACGCUCCCUGUGUGGACGAUGACAGCGUAACCGUUGACAUGAUCGAAAACUGCAGCUGGUCGACAGGCAUCGGCGACGGAUACUGCAGUGAAAAUCUCAACACGCCCGAAUGCGAGGUCGGAGUCUACGACGACGACUGGAGUUGCACGCGGUUCGCCUGUAUUGACCCAGAGGCAGCCUGCGUUGACGACGAUGACAUCACCGUCGACAUGUUCGAGAACUGCGACUACGCGUUGUCCGUAGGAGACGGCUGGUGUGACGAAGGAAACAACAACGAGGCUUGCGGCUACGAUGGAGGCGACUGCUGCGAGUGCACGUGCGAGUAUGAAUCUCCUUAUGAUUGGGAUGAUGAUUGGGACUACCACUGCAGGGAGUUUUCUUGCAUCGAUCCCAACGCGGCCUGUGUAAGCGAUGACGACAUUACUGUCGACAUGUUCGAGAACUGUGGCUACGUCUCCGGCAUAGGCAACGGCUGGUGCGACAGAAACAACAACAAGGAGGAAUGCGGCUACGACGGCGGCGACUGCUGCUCUUGCACAUGCCAGAGCCCGUAUGAUGACGACUACUUAUGCAGCAGCGAGUACGGCUCCUUCGACUGCCAAGACCCGAACGCCUCCUGCUUCGGCGAAGAAAGUACUGGGAGCGAUGACUAUAGCACCGAUGACGAGCCAAUGUCGUACGAAUUCGUCCCCUGGGAAGAGACAGAGGCCCUGCCGACGGUCGACGGUGCUGUUGAGGUGGGCACCAAGACCGAGGUUGGCGUAUCAGCUACCGCCCACGACGUGCGGGCCGGCAGGAGCAGCGGCGACGUCGGGUGCGGAGAGGUCGGUGGUCUUGGCUGCACGGCGACCAACACCCGUGAUGGCAUCUUCUCCGAGAUCGAGUCGAGGUGGUCGUGCGCCACGAAGCUCGUGGAUGACGAAGGGCCGUGCCAGAUUGAGUUCACCUUUGCCGAACCCCAGACCAUUAUGGACAUCCAGGUUGCCUUCUGGAAGGGCAACGAGCGCACCCGUACCCUAGAGGUGAGGGCGACACCAAGCAGGCUGAAGACUAUCGAAAUAACAAGCCGUCUUUUUUGGUUACUGUGUUGCCCUCGACAACACUUGCGCGACUGCGGCGCCCGAAGCAAGAGUUUCAUCUUCCUUACGGCGCAAACCUUCCCCACACAGGUCCACAUAAACGGCGAGAUGACCCACACUCACGAGUCCUACGCCGAUGCCACCUUCAACAUGCUCGGUGUGACGGCUACUGACGUCAGCACUGUGAUGCUCGAGUCCGUCGCUCUCCUCUCGGACGAAUGGAUCAGUCUCAUCGAGGUGAGCGGUGUGUCCACGAUUGCUUGUUGCGAGGGCCUGGGAAAUUUGCUGACCGGUGAUGACGAGGGGAUCAUGUUUGGUGUGCUUAUGUUUUUACGAGACAUACGUAGACAGAGCAAGGUAGUUGUAUUCCUACCAGGUCAAUAUUGGACACAAACCCUAUCGAGCAGGACAAACACUUGGGCAGCCAUAGAAAAGGUUGGACUUGCAAGGCUUCUUUGUUUGUCCAGUUACAUCCGUUUCGCACCCAGUUCGCCUUUCGGAGCGAGCGAGUCUAUCGCGCCGUGCUCACACAUACUGUGCUCAUCUUCGUGACACCUUGAAUGAGUGGUGGAC